CCGACGUAAUCAUGCGUUGUUCUUUCCCGAUUCCCACAAUUUUUUUUGUCCUAUGUAAGGUUUGGCAAUCUCUAAGUAGUAUCAGGUUUUCGGAGCGACGAAUCAAAUCAAGCUUUGCAAAGACAUUUCAAAUCAUUGUUCAAUAAUAUUGUGGACAAGAUAUGGCAUUGCCUAUCUACUCUUCCAGUAACGAAUCCAAACAAGUUGAAGAUCUAAGUUCAAGCGACAGUACCGUCGAAUUAGAGGAUCAACCUGGCAUCGCUGUUUGCUCGACGUCGGGAGGGCGUAAUGCCAAGGAGACGAUUCCAUUGAUUGGUCAUGACAAAGACGAGGUGCCCUUUCUAAUUGCCAUGUCGAUGACGAUCACCGGUCUCUGGUGUUUUUGUGGUUGUUCUUGUGUUUCUUCGAACAGUACAGAUAAUGGUCCAGAUUAUCUUUCAAAGGCAGAGUUCUGGAGUCCUUCCAAUACCAAGGAACCAAAUACGACAGGUGCCGAACAACGGAGAGAAGCUCAUGGUCAACAUCAGAAAGAUCACCAGGGAUGUCACCAGGGAUGUGGUAAAAGGAUUUCUGUAUACCUGGUUCUAUGCAUCAUCAUAUUACAGGCUUUGGUUGCAUUCUUCGUCGUCGACAUAAUCUUCUUCUUAAUGUACACACAGCUUGAUAAUAAUUAUCUCUUGGACACGGCAUCAUUCCUUUGUCUCAACUUCCAAACGUUCUUAAUCAUCAUCUACACGGUUAUCACCCGUUUGGAACUUUGCUUUAGGAGGGGCAAUCCUGCUUUCAAUGCCUUGCCCUAUGAUAUGGACACAUGCGUGAGACGCGUGACACUGGUUCAAGCGUUUUACAAUACUUCUGGGAAAUGCUACUUGAAAUCAUGUAGUUUAUUGAUGAUGGAGAUCCUGAUCUUCUUCUUGUUUCCUCUUUUGAACACAAUCCUACAGAUAGCGUUUGGGUUCUCGGUGUUCUUCACUGGUUGUGAAAGCAACUGGCAAAUGGCGACUCUCGUCAUCAAACCAGUCUUGUAUCUUUACUAUGGUUGCUUCUGGUAUGUGGUGUACGUCCAGCGCGUCUACUUGAAUUGCCAACUGAACAACGCACUAGACACAAUCAGAAAACUGGCUGGGCAAACAGACUGCGAUGGCGCUCGAAGAUUGAUCGAUAGCAUCUACUCGGAGUUCCACGUUGUUCGAUAUUUUACAGGACGGUUGAUGGCCUUUACCUUGCUAACUGUAACCUUCCAUACCUUUUGCUGCGCCAUUUUGACAUACUGUAAAUUACCCAUGGCUACCUCAGGAGACCUCUCUAUGCUAACAAUGCGUUGGAUCGAAAACAUUAUGUUUUUUGUUGUGCCAAUUUAUGCUAUCGGAGGAAUCGACCUGGAGUCUCUUUGGACAAAAUUCCGCCGUGUCCUCGUCAAAUGCAAAGUUCAAGAUCAAAUUUUGUUUUGGAAUGAAGUUUUGAGCUACGCGACUCAGAUAGACACAUUGGCGUCUUUCCCGCUGGUAUGGACAGGGCUUUUCCCAAUUGUGGGUACCAUUCUGGCAGGGAUAAUCGCACGGAGAGACAGCAUAAGUUUGGAGUACUGGAACUACCUAUCUAACUGCACUAAUUCAAUGGAAAGCAAUUUUAAGUGUCUGAAUUAGUUGCCCUAUCCUACAGGAUAACAUUACAGGUGACAGGAGAAGAAGAAGAAGAAGAAGCAAAA